AUGUGGCGAGCAUCGUUUGCAGAGCUUCUGGGCGUGACCGCUUUGGUUUUUGCAAUGGACACAAUCCACAUCGGAACCUUAGAGACCGACAAAGAAUCACCAGCCCUUGUAAUAUCCUUCCUUUCUACCGUCACCCUCACAAUUAUGCUUCUCGCUGUCUUCCCAGUCUCUGGUGGUCACCUCAACCCUGCAAUCUCCUUAGCUGCUGGACUUGUGGGCCUCGUCUCUAUGUCUCGAGUUUUCCUUUACAUUAUAGCCCAAAGCAUAGGUGCCGUGCUCGGCGCCCUAGCACUCAAGGCCGUGAUCAGCAGCGAAAUCGAUAAUAACUACGCGCUUGGAGGCUGCACCCUCAGUGUCGUCACACAGAGCCCAAAUGGGCCCACUAUUGUAGGAAUUGGAACGGAUCAAGCGCUUUUUCUUGAGAUCCUAUCGACGUUCGUAGUCAUUUUCGCCGCCGGCGGUAUCGGAUUCAAUCGUAGCGGAAUAUUGGGUCCUAAGCCAGUCUUUAUAUUUUCAAUUAUCGGAAUCAUGGUGGGGUUGAUGACUUAUGUGACAUCGACGGUGCUGAGAGUUAAAGGGUAUAUAGGUGCAGGAAUGAAUCCUGCACGGUGUCUUGGACCAGCAAUUGUUAGAGGAGGACUACUGUGGGACAGACACUGGAUCUUUUGGGUGGGCCCAGCUAUAGCUGCUUUUGCGUUUUAUGUUUAUACGAAGAUCAUACCAAGUGAGAAAUUCUACCCAUGCACCACCACCACCACCACCAAAGCCUGA